GAGUGACUCUUUUCCUUUGUGUUUCCUCAUCAAUUGGCGCUUUUUUGUCGCUUCUCUUUCAACAAAGUCUCGCUCUCCUUUGGAUUCAACCUCAUUUCACGUAAUUCUCUGGUCCUGUCGGUUUAGGCGAUCUCUUUCCUCGACAUUCCCUUCUUUUAGUUUUUCCUUUUGCUCUUUGUCUUUAUUGUCAUUUCGUGCUUUUUUAUUUUUUUUUUCUGCUCAACUGUAAACAAAACCAUCUCGUCACCAUGAAGAUUGAAAAACAAGCCGAUGAAAUUUCAACUGAGGAACCACUUUUGGCCGAGAAUCCUAAUCGUUUCGUCAUCUUUCCAAUCGAGUAUCCCGAUCUUUGGGAAAUGUACAAAAAAGCUUUGGCUUCAUUUUGGACAGCGGAAGAGGUUGAUCUGUCUCGCGAUCUUGAUGACUGGGCGAAACUCAAUGAUUCAGAACGUCAUUUUAUCUCGUAUGUUUUGGCCUUUUUUUCAGCUUCAGAUGGAAUUGUUAAUGAAAAUUUAGCUGAAAGAUUUAUUCGUGAGAUCCAAGUUACCGAAGCUCGUUGUUUCUAUGGUUUCCAAAUCGCCAUUGAAAAUGUUCACUCGGAAAUGUACAGCCUUUUAAUUGACACUUACAUCAGUGAACCUGAGAAACGAGAUUUCCUAUUUCAGGCCAUAAAAACAGUUCCCUGUGUAGCCCAAAAGGCCGAAUGGGCAAUCAAUUGGACCGCUAACCCAUCGGUUACAUUUGCCGAAAGGUUAAUCGCCUUCGCAUGUGUUGAGGGAAUAUUUUUUUCCGGUUCUUUCGCCGCCAUUUUCUGGUUAAAGAAACGCGGAUUAAUGCCAGGAUUAACCUUCUCCAAUGAACUAAUCUCCCGUGAUGAAGGAUUACAUUGCGAUUUUGCCUGUUUACUAUUCAAACAUGUUGUUAAUCGUCCGAGUGAGGAGAAAAUCCAACAAAUUGUCCGUGAUGCUGUUCAGAUUGAACAGAAAUUUUUAACUGAGGCCUUACCCGUUUCUCUGAUCGGAAUGAACAACAAAAUGAUGGCCACUUAUAUUGAAUUUGUUGCUGAUCGAUUAUUAGUUGAAUUAGAUUGUUCCAAGAUUUACUUUUCUCGUAAUCCAUUUGAUUUUAUGGAUCAAAUUUCCUUGGAUGGAAAGACCAAUUUCUUUGAGAAACGUGUCGGUGAAUACCAAAAAUCAAGUGUGACUGGAAACAAAGAAGAUAUGAAAUUUGUAUUAGAUGUUGAUUUUUAAUUGCGAGCAAUCAACACUGACAAAUGAGCUCAACCUCUCAUGCACCAAUCUGCCAUUAUCUAUUUUUUCACCUCAACAGCAUUUACAUCAAGAAACAAAUUAAAGAAACAAUUUAAGAUUAGCGUUCAAUCAACUUUGUCAAUCUAUUACUUAAAUGCGAAUGAUCCUCAAUAAUUAAGCGGAAAUUAAUGUAAUUAAGAAAAAGUAACAACCUUUAAUGAAGAUAAUUAAACAUUUUGUUUGUCAUUGCGAAAGAUGAACCUCGAA